UUUCAUUUAAUAGUGGAAUUCCAUUUUCAGCAACACGCCACAGAAGGUGAGCUUCAAGCAAGGUAGCUGCCCCCCAUUUGAACAUCUAAUCUCAAGGGUCUCAGUCUGGCAUGGGUGGCCCAGGGAGGGCUCUCCUUGGCGGUUUUGGUUCCACAACCUCCUCCCUGGAGGUAGGGACCCGAAUGACUUGGCCAAGCAACAACUCCCUGGACCUUAAUGAAAGCUUGGGAUGGGGCAUAGGGUUUGGGAGCGGUGGUGGAGGUGCAGCAGCCAGUGGUGCAGGCCUGGACUCCAAUAUUUCCCAGCAAACUGCUUCCAGAGCUGUAAUCGGAGAGAAAAACUGGCCGGCUCUGCUGAUACUGGUCAUCAUUGCACUGACUAUCGGUGGCAACAUCCUGGUGAUCCUGGCAGUUUCGCUGGAGAAGAAACUUCAAAACGCCACCAACUUCUUCCUGAGGUCCCUGGCUGUGGCGGACAUGCUGGUAGGGAUUCUGGUCAUGCCGAUCUCCCUCAUCAACAUCCUCUAUGACUACGCCUGGCCUCUACCCAAUGCUCUGUGUCCAAUCUGGAUCUACCUGGACGUUUUGUUCUCCACCGCCUCCAUUAUGCACCUGUGUGCCAUCUCGCUGGACCGAUACGUCGCCAUCCGCAACCCAAUAGAGCACAGCCGCUUCAACUCCAGAACCAAAGCAAUGAUGAAGAUCGCCGCCGUGUGGACGAUAUCUAUAGGCGUCUCCAUGCCGAUCCCAGUGAUCGGCCUCCACAACAAGGACAAGGUCUUUGUGAACGGCAGCUGUGUCCUUAACGAGGAGCGCUUCAUGCUUAUUGGCUCCUUCGUGGCCUUCUUCAUCCCGCUGGUCAUCAUGGUGGUGACGUACUGCCUCACCGUACAGGUGCUCCAGAGGCAGGCCACAGUCUUCCUAUAUGAGACAAAGACUUCUUCCCAGCAGCCUUUGCACCCACCAGCAAUGACCAACACGUCCCAGCCUCCAGCCACCACCUUUCACAUCCCCCAGAUCAACACCAUCGCUCCUCCAGACGCAGAAGGGUCAACGUCCUCGCCCCAACUUAGCAGACGGGACACCUUGACCUCCCUGAAAGGGGCGGAGCCCAGCAUGCUUCUCAGUGUCUCCAUGUCCGACAACAUCAGCAUCAUUCCCAGCUCUGACGUGGCGUCUCAGCUCAGCUCGCCAGCUGCCGGGCCGAGGACUGACACGGCUGGUUGCCACGGACGCCGGGGGAUGAUGCAGGCUAUAAAGAAUGAGAAGCGGGCCUCGAAGGUGCUGGGAAUUGUCUUCUUCCUCUUCCUCAUCAUGUGGUGUCCGUUCUUCAUCACUAACGUAACCGUGGUUCUGUGCCGCGGCUCCUGUAACGAGCCGCUGCUGUUGGAGCUCCUCAACGUGUUCGUGUGGGUCGGCUACAUCUCCUCCGGCAUCAACCCGCUCGUCUACACCCUCUUCAAUAAGACCUACCGCAGGGCGUUCUCUAGUUACAUCAGGUGUCAGUACAAGGUGGGGGCCAAGGCUGCGGGAAAAAGCUGCAAAACUCUACUGGUCCCACCGCCGUCGCACGCCGUCACCCCGAUUCUGAUGGGUGCUCACGGGAAAGGAGGCGUUGACCGCAAUAGUAACUGUCGUAAUGGUGGCCGCAGGGAUAACGGCAGACUGACGGUGGACCCAGAGGACACGACAGACGAUGGGACACAAAUCGGAGCAAUGUCGCAGAGCCUCUCGGAAUUCCAGAACAUUGGCAUGUUGUCGGAAACGGAGAUGGAACCGGAACUGUCCUACAUCAGCUACAGCCCGGCUUCCAGAGAACUCACGAGCAGCGUGUGACCGUAUUUGUCUUUUUCUGUUUCUGAUCUGCAGACGCUGAGCCCGGCAGCGUUCCGAAGCU